UCUCUCUCUCUCUGUCUCUCGCGUCUGCAAAAUAGACAGGACAGGGAAGCGCAUUAAAAAUCACGAGCGGUCGACAGAAGCCUGCAAAUAAGGAAAAAAAUUAUUAACUUGUUUGGAGAGAAGAAAAAGGUUAUGGCGGUGGCGGUCUCCAGGGAUCUGGCGGUGCAGGUGCUGGAGGAUGUGAAUGCUGUGAAGCUGACUGACAGACAGCAGGCUCUACGAGCUGCCAUCCAGAGAGGAGAGCCCAAAUGUCUGGGAGUGAGUCAGGUGAUGCUGGGGCUGAUGGUCAUGUCCUACUCCAUUCCUCUGCACUUCACUGAGGUCACUGAGGUCGUCAGCCUGGGAGUUCCCUGGUGGAGUGGCCUGAUGUUCAUCACAGUAGGAGUGGUCGCCAUCAUCUUGGACAAACACUGCACCAUGAGGACUCUGCAGGUGUGUCUGAUGGUGAGUGUGGUGUCCACCGUGCUGUCCAUGGUGGCUGUCAUCAUCUACUCUGUGGACAUGGACAAGCAUCCCGAGGUGCCCUGCGUCAAGACGCCACACGGCAGCUGCAGCGCCAAACACUACGCCAUGAGGCUGAGCAGAGGAGUGAAGUCGUCCCUCCUCCUCUUCACUCUGGCCCAGACAGCUGUCUCUGCCAUCCUCUGCUUCCUGCUCUUCAGACAGCGAAGCAGCUUCAGACAGUACACUUCUCUCAAUCAAGCUGCUCCAUCCACCCCCGAAGCACUCAUCCCCCCUGACCUGAACUGAUCAGCUGAUGGGUAACCUCUCAUCAAGACGACUGAUCAGCUGUUGUCACGAUGGGAGAGGGGAUGGAUCACUUGUUUGAUUACAUGUCUAUGACUUAUCCACUGUGCUAUCUGACAGACUGAGGAGCUCAGGAGCCUCUGCUCUCAAAUGUUUGUUUUUAACACUAGGUUAUUGAUACACUUAAAUAAUCCAAAACUUAAAUGAAAGACAGAGCUGCAAUAAAAGAAAAGAAGGAAUAUAAAUUAUAAACAUUAGCAUCAUGGUUCAAAUAUGACAAAGAGGUGGAGGUCAGGCAGAGAGAAGGCAUUCUGAGAGAAGCUAUUCUGAUACACCAAAUAUCCAAAUUGGAUCAGAUCUGAUGAACAUUAUUUUUUUUGUUUAAAAACAGGGAGCGAAUAAAAAUGUACAAUCAAAAGUCCCAAACCCACAAUUGAAUGCAAAUGUUUUGGUAUUGUCGGGUGUGUUGGGAUUGGGCCAAAAACUGACAGCACCAGUUUCCUACUCCUUUAAAACACACUUGAAUCGUCACCAAUCAAAUGGGCAUUAAAAAAAACUGAUAAAAAAGCAGCAAAGUUGUAGAGGAAAAGAAGAAAAGAUCGAUUUUCCAUCAACACAGUGAGUCCAGUUUAAAUCCAAAGCUACACAGGAGACAAAAUAAACUCAAGUCAUGGUUCACUUACUAGCUUUUCCAGUGCUUUUACCCAUAUCACAUGGUCUGCAUCAGUGGACUGUCCUGAAGACUCAAGACUGUAACUGCUUCCUCUAAAUGACUUUAAUGAGAGGAAUACUUGUCUGUUAGUUUGUGGUUUCUGUUUGUAAUUGUACCAAUGGAUAACCAGAGUACGGUGGCUGACGAUGUCCAACAUGCUGCAAUGGCCCAAAACUCUUCCAUCAGGAGAAACCAGCUGCAAGUUCAGACAUAAUGCAGGUUCAAUAACACAUUAAAAAUACAAAACAAACACAAGAACAGAAACAUGCUGCAAAAGAAACAACAAGCUGCAGGAAGACAA